AGCGCUAACAGUCGUUAGCCUGUUAGCCUGUUAGCCCUCAGGAGCAGCUGUCGGUGGCACUCACUCCGCCCGCCUCCACCGCCCUUCAGCCCCUCUCUCCACCCGGGAACAACCUUCCGAAGCCGUGGUGUUCUCUAUCUGCUGGGCCUUGCCUCUCCUGCCCCCGGAGACGCCUGUCGUAGCCACCGCAGCCUUUCUUUAGGAGGAGGAAGAAACCUGGGACAUGGCCAGACCGGAGCAAGUCCUGGUAUUAGAGCCGCAAGAGGAACUCCGAUUCCGAGGCCCCUUCACAGACGUGGUCACUGCCACUCUGAAGCUCACCAACCCGUCCCACAGAAAUGUGUGCUUCAAAGUGAAGACCACAGCCCCGCGCAGGUACUGUGUGCGGCCCAACAGCGGAGUCAUCGAUGCAGGCACCUCUGUCAACGUGUCUGUCAUGCUGCAGCCCUUUGAAUAUGACCCCAACGACAGGAGUAGACACAAAUUUAUGGUCAUGUCUGUGCUGGCUCCAGACAACAUGAUGGACAUGGAGACAGUGUGGAGGGAAGCCAGACCUGAAGAGCUGAUGGACUCAAGGCUCAAGUGCACGUUUGAGAUGCCGCUAGAGAAUGAUCCUGAGGGCGACAGCACCACCAAACCUCUGUCCUCCUCUGCCUCCCCCUCCCUAAAGAGUGAACUGUCCACGCUGCCCAAGUCCUCCUCUUCCUCCCUGGACGACGGGGAGGCCAAGAAGAUCCUGGAGGAGUGCAAGCGGCUGCAGAGCGAGGUGCAGCGGCUACGGGACGAGAACAAGCAGAUAUGGGAGCAUGACGGCGUGAGAAGGAGAAAUGUUGGCCACUCCUCAGUCUCCACCUUGUCGGCGGGGGGCUCCGUUCACGAUGACUCCAUGACGGGCCGAAUCCUCUGCGUGGUCUUUUUCAUCGUGGGCAUCAUCGUGGGGAGAGUGUUCCUGUAGCCACCUCACCAACACAACUUCCCCAAAACUCAACAACAACAUGGCGGACGCUCCACCGGCCAAUCGGAGGAAGAAAACGAGGGACUGUGAGGGGCUGCUGUGACCUGUGUUCUGUUCUGUUCUUUUAAGAUUAAAGGCAGUAUCAAAUGGAUGGAAGACUCAUUAUAUCAAAAUAUUUGCCUAUUUGUCAUUAAAACAUGAUUUCCUUUUCUUAUUUUCUGCCAAAACAUCUAAAGUACACAGCUAUAGAUGCAGAUGGAAUGUCCAGAUAUUUAAUUUUUUUUCUUUAAAAAAAAAGCUACACUAUGUAAUGGUUCUGGUGUGUGGGGGGGUUCCAGUUUCCAGAGGUUACCAGCAUGGAUCUAUGGUUAUAACUGUAACAGAAAGUGUAUGAGGGAGGUUGAGGUAAGAAGCUAGGCUAGGCUAAAUUGGCAGUAGUGGUGACAGCAGUUGGGAUUACCAGCUGUACGUUUAUUUCACUAUGUUGUGCUAGAUUAUUACAUUAUAUUACAAUUUGUGGUUAAACAUGCACCUUUGAAAGAUAACUGUCUCUUGUUUGAUGUAUAAAGAACAAAAAUAAAUCUAGAAAUCAGCUGUGAAGUUGACAUUUGGGCCCAAAAGUGACAUCAUUCCUUAACAACUCUAUUGCUUUGCCUGGACUGUUUCUCAGUGUGGCAUUGUCUUGGAUUUAUUCACUUCACAUGUGUUUUAAUUACAAAACACCUUAAAAACAUGCAUUCUUACUUGUUACUUGGAGCAGGCUUGUUUCUUGUUUCUUAGGAGAUAUGGUUAUGCCACACUGUGGAACAUUCAACAAAGCAAUAACCCCCCCCCUUCUCCCCAUUUAUGGUGGUGACUGGUGUGAAUGUUCCAAAUACAGAAUGAACAAAUCAAUUUCACAAAAUGUCUAUAGAGGAUUUCCUGUAUGUUCCAGAAGAGGCUGAACUGAAGAACUUUUAUAUUCAAAAUCCAAAAUGUCUCUGCAGUUUAAAGUAUUGUUUGUUAGUUUUAAAAUUCACCAUACUUUGUGGUUGUUGUGCUUUCUUUCUGAAUCCAUGUUUUUGCAGGUGGCAGCAGGUUUGCGCUUCUUCACGACUGUACAACACUGUGCAUUGGUUAAAUGAGAUAUUCACUUGCAGAAUACAGAAAAUGCUGUCUGUAUCAGCUGACCUCAACUCUUUAUUUUGAGUGUUAAAUUAUAAUAGAAACCAGAUUCAUAGAUUUGACUUGUUUUAAUCUUUUUUUUGUUAUUGUCAUUUGUGAUAAACCCAUUUAUCUCAUCCUUUAAUUAAAAACAUUUAAACCUUG